AUGAUGGGGAAAGGAGGCAGCAAGAUGCAGGGCUUUGUUGUGACAGAUUGAGACGCGCUCGAGAAGGACUGCGCGUAGAGGGCCUGCCGACUCGCUCACUAGAUGGGAUACAUUAUGAUACAACACUUGGUAAAGGAAACGAAACGCCGCAUCGGUAUGCUAGAUCUACCGUACGAGGAUGAGUAUCGCGCACAGCUAAUGCAUCUGGGUUGCAAGGAGAAGGACAUCGUGAAGGAAGCCUUUCUGCACCAGGACUGGAAUGUGGGCAGUGCACGGGUGCUGAGUUUGUUGCAGGAGUGCAACAUUCUGUCAGCAAGUGAAUUUAUGCUAAGUCUGGAUUCGAUCGAACUGAUGCAACAGAUCAUGAACGAUCUUUUGGAGACGGAAUACCACCUGCUGGCACAACUCGUCCGGUACGCUUAUCAAGACAACGUUCAGUCACAGUUGCUCACCAACAUUCUGAAGGAGUGCUUUCGUGCGUUGCUGCACGAUUUAAAGGAAAAUCCCAACGUGAUCCCUCGCAACUAUUUGGCCGCCGUAAAGCUGCAUUUGCUUCCGACCGAGAUGGGAAAGGUUACGGACGAACAUUUGCGGUUGCUGCUUUUGCAGGAGGACUACGAUGCGAGCGCGCUGGAUGAAGCCAUCGGGAAGCAGGUGCAAUGGCGCGACGAAAUGGAAACGCUACGCGGAACGGUGAUGGCCCAUCUGCUUCUAGAGCUGGUGCUGGAUAGAGCGAACUUUAUAGAUUUGUUGACGGAUUGCAUACGAAAAUUGCGCCCAUUUUCGCCCAAAUACGCUCUCCGCCUGCUGCACCUGAUGGCAGAGACGGCAGUGGAAUCGGGCAGGACGGAAGACAAGUUGCUGAAAACCUUCUUGAAAGAUCUCUUCCGCUCGGUGGUAGCAACGGGGUCGUCAAGCGAGCUGAAGCUAUUGCUACUGUUUGCCCGUGAAAUUACCGCCGCAAAUCAGACCGUUCUGGGGUCGUAUGCUACCUGGUACAAGCAAACGUUCGGUGAGAUGACGUACAGCGGUGUGAAGAAACAGCAGUUCAUCACUACGAUGGAACUGUUGACUGCGCUUUUGCCAACGGAGCGGGACCUGGAGGUGCUAAACGUCCAUGCGACCGUCGCCAUUUCGGCACCGGCCAAGUGCAACGAACACGUGCUGAACUACAAGCAACUGUGCCGGGCACACAUUGCUCAGCUGAAAACGGCCGGCAGCAGUAGUGGUGGUGCUAAUGUGAUCGUGCUGGACGACUAACUAAGGUCAAUCAGUAGAAGUAACAUUUUAUUUAAAAAAAAAAAAAAA